UUUGGCCUUGCCCUGUGUUUGGCAAUUAGUUCUCUGGCAGCAUUCCAAGGGAGAUAAGAGACAGUAAAAAAUCCUUCCAUCCUUCCACUUUGGCCCUGCUGUAGCUCCAGCAAGGAAGAUACUAGUAUGGUAACUUUUGCUUGCCUGCUCAUUGAACACGGUACAAAGUCUUUGGAAAUCACAUGGGAACCUAACACUCCAGAACCGAAAAAAUUCUCAACUCAGCAAAUGAGUGGACCAAACCUGUUCACAACAAGCCAACUCACCGUCUCUUCCUCCAGCUCGUCCGAAGUUCAAUACAAAUGCUUUGUAAAAGAAAAGAAAGAACUUCCCCCAGCUAUCUUCACAAACAAAUAUUGCAUUUUGCAACCUUUGAAACCAGUUGAUGUUCAGAUCUUAACCCCCAGUUGUGGCAAACAGAGCUCAGUGGCCAACGUGGAGCUGGUAUGCUUUCUGAGAAGCUUUAGCGGUGGAAAAGCUGAGGUGGAAUGGCUGAAGAAUGGAGUACAGCUCCAAGGGAAAGAAGAGGUGGCAUUGAGAGCCGAUGUAGGAAAGAGUAGCGGUUACUCCAGUUUCAUCCACCUGAACAUCAGCAAAGAGAGUUGGGACAAAGGAGACCUCUACACCUGUAAAGUGACGCGCCCGCCAGGCAGUCAGAACGUCACAAUGCAGAAUGCCAGCAAAUGUCAAGUGUGCUACGGUUGCAUGCAUCAACCCACCAUAUUUUUUACCAAGCCAUCUUACAAAAGCCUGCUUGAUAGGUCAGCCAUCCUGGUCUGCACCGUGAUCUCUUCUAACCUGGAGAGUGCUCAGAUCACCUGGCUUGUGGAUGGCAAAGCCAGCAGUGAUGUCGUGAACGAGAUGGUGACGACGGAUGAUAACGGAAGUCAGAAGUUGAGAAGCAACCAUUCGGUGUCUUUGGAACAGUGGACGAAGGGCACCGUCUUCACCUGCAAAGUAACCGGGAGCUGCUUUGAAGAACACCGAAAAGACAUCACCAUCAAGAAGCCUACUCAAAUGCAAGCACCCUCCGUCAUCAUUUCUCGAGCCCCACUAGAGAUUUCUCUCAAGAGCACCACAGCUCUCAUUCUCGUCUGUGAUGUGAGCGGAUUUUCCCCAGCGGAGAUUAGCAUCUCGUGGGAAAGAAAUAACGUAUCCCUGAGCAAAAAUCUGUACAAUAAUGGGAUCGCCACAGAAACGUCAAAUGGGUAUUCGGUGUACAGCAUCUUGAAAAUCAGCCGAGAUGAGCCAGGAGGGAAAGGAGGCAGCUACUGCUGUAUAGUCCACCAUCCCGCUUCUCAAAUCCCAUACGUGGCCUAUGAAAAGGUACCCAUUGAUUUCCUGGAGUCUCGAGCACCUACAGUGGAACUCCUGCAGUCAGUCGAUCGGGAGAAGGACACCGUGGUGUUGAAAUGCAUCGCGACGAAUUACAGGCCCCCGAGUGUCACCAUCACAUGGGUGGGUGGCCCACAAAAUAAGAAGGAAGCCAUUGUGGACAAGAGGAUGGCAGAUGGAACCUAUUGGGCCAGCAGCCAACUCACCCUCACCCUCUCCCAAUGGCAAGAAAUGGACAGCAAGACUUGUGAGGUGGUACACCAACCAACGAGCACAAAAAAAGUCCAGAAGAUUUCCAGAAAAGACUGGGUUAUGUCCACGGAUCUCAUGGUGACUCUGAAUGUCCAUCCACUCUGUCCAAGUUUAGGGACCAUCAGUAGUGUGACUUUAGUCUGUUCCAUCUAUAGCUACUCCCUAGAGAACAUCCAAGUGACCUGGGAACCAAAAGGGAAAUUCCAAACGUCACCAAAGGAUCGGUCAAACGGUGUCCAUUUCUACACUACCAGCAACUUCACAGUAUCCCUACAGGAGUGGAACAAGCUAAAAAAAUAUACCUGCAAAGUAACUCAAGCUGGAAGAAAGCAAAUAGAAACAAGAACUAUCAGCAAGUGCAAAGCCUGUAAGAACAGUGUACCGCCUCCCACAGUUUAUCUACUCAAACCACCCCUUGAGAGCCUCUUCACUCAAAACAGAGCUGUUUUGUCUUGCCUUGUGGUGGGCUAUGAACUGGAGAAUGUCAUCCUCACCUGGACGAUGGGUGGACUGAACCUCACCACGAAUGCCACCGUGGAAAAAAUCAAGAGACACCCAAAUCGGACCCAAAGUUUCCAAAGCCAACUUAAACUCACCCGUCAGAACUGGGAUGCUGGAAAGAAAAUUGAAUGCAUCGUUUCUCACCUUUGCUCACUUUUCCCCGAGGUGAAGCAGAGCAUCCAAAAAAGCACAGAUCCCAGCCACAUUAACGUACCAUCUCUCUCCUUGGUCCUUCCUCCACUAUCGCAACUGACACAACCUACCUCCCAAGCUGUUGCUUGGUUGGCUUGUGUGAUCUAUGGGUUCUCCCCAUCUGAGAUCCUCAUCAAAUGGAAGAAGAACAACAGAAGUCUAGAUGCCUCUGAAUAUAUCGUAGGCCCAUCCACACUUGAAACUGGGAAGUCCACUUUUUCUACUCAAAGCGUCCUGAAAAUCCCAGCAUCUGAAUGGGAAAAUAGAGCCAUGUAUACCUGCCUUGUGGGACAUGAAUCCCUAACUAUCACGAAGAGCAUCAGUAAAUAUUUGUAUGAUUUCCUGAAACCCACUCCUCCACGAGUGAUGGCCUUCCAUACCUUUGAGGACAAGGGCUACCCAAAACUUGUCUGCUUGGCUACCAGCUUUUACCCCAAAACCAUAGACAUUCAAUGGAGCACCAAAGGAGAGAAACUCAAUUCUAUUCCAAGCUGUUCACCGCCGGUGCCCCUCCCUGAUGGGACGUUCCAGAAGGACUGUAGUUUGACCAUCCGUGGAGAAGACUGGCACCAUCCAGAAACAUACACAUGCACCGUAAAUCACCGUGCAACCAACUUUGUGAUUAAGAAAGACGUGCAUUCUUCCGGAAUGAUGACAUCUCCGAGUAAUUUGGAAGUGAUCAAGAUGCAGUUGCCAUCUUUCGAAGAGCUCUUUACAAAUGGAAGUGCAGCUCUAACCUGCAUGAUGUCCCUCACGAAUGCCAGUGCCAAUGCAACCUUCAAUUGGACUAUGGAUGGCAAACCAGCCAACAAUAAUUUGAUGACAAAUGAAAUCUUCCAAGAAACCAACUACACUUCUAUGAUGUAUGGCCGGCUGGAGGUGAAUCUGAGUGAAUGGAUCAACACCACCCAAUUCACUUGUAGCUUCCAGAGUGGCCUAGGAGAAACAGAGAUGAAGCAUUUUGACCGAAGGAAUGGGACGAUGAGACCCCCCAAAGUGGAUCUCCAGCGUCAGUCAUCCAGCGAGGACUUCAAUGUAACCCUCUUGUGCAUAGCGAAAGAUUUCUACCCAGACGAAAUCUUUCUGAAGUGGGAAGAAGAGAACCAAGAAAUGUCCUUCAAGGGUUACGAUGCCCACGGCAUGAAGUGCGACCACGAGAAACAAACGUGCUCCUUGCUAAGCAUGCUGGAAAUCCCCACAAACAAAUGGAUGAUGGGAGCCUCCUACAGAUGCCUUGUAGCUCACGUCUCUUCUGAAAACAUAAUCACUAGAACAACUAAUUUCUUAACUGAUUCCUGGGAUUGUACCCUCAUGGGAGCUGCUUUCUGUGACAUCCGCAAUGAAAGCGAAGAUGAAUAUAGCGAGCUGGAAGAAGCCAAUGGCGUCUGGAAUAAAGUUUUCACCUUCAUUGUUCUCUUUAUCCUGGCCAUAUUUUAUGGCGGCCUAGUCACUUUCAUCAAGGUGAAAUAACCAUCACCCUCUUUCCUAUCAAUGAAGUACACAUCCAACGAGACCCCCACCUUUUCCCCUCCAUCGUCCAUGUCUCUCGCUCAUCCUUCCUGACCACUGUUUUGAGCCACAUGUUUCGUGGGAAGUCACAGCAGAGCAUUAAAUGUCCCAAAAAGGAUCCACUUCCACGUGAACCUGUCUCUGGCUCAGCAGCCCUAACAAUAACAGGAAGAAACCAGUUGGUUUUCUACCUGGAAGAAAAAGGCUCUAGGAAAGAAAAGAAGUUUAAUAUCUUUACCCAAAUGUUCACAAAUGCUAAGAAACUCAUGAAGGGUGCAAAAAUACCAAAUUGUUAUCCUUAUCUCUCCUUAUGUCUGAAAUUGUUAUCCUGUCCCCUUAUAUCUAAAAGAGCAAAGAGAAAUACCAUGCCCUUUCCGAACCAAGCCACUGUUGGAUCAUGAUUAAUGUACUGGCAUAAGGUAAAGGUUCCCCUCACACAUAUGUACUACUCGUUCCCGACUCUAGGGGGCGGUGCUCAUCUCCGUUUCAAAGCCGAAGAGCUGGCGCUGUCCGAAGACAUCUCCGUGGUCAUGUAGCCAGCGUGAUUCAACACCAAAGGCACACGGAUUGCUGUUACCUUCCCACCAAAGGAGGUCCCUAUUUUUCUACUUGCAUUUUUCACGUGCUUUCGAACUGCUAGGUUGGCAGAAGCUAAAAUCACUUUUCAAGAGUGACCCUGUUUUUAUUUUUCAAGAAAAGAGGGCAAAUGAAAACCUGUUCCCUUCACCUCCAAUACUGAACUUACCAACUUAUUUUUCAACAUCAAUUUUGUUCUUCUCUUGAUCUGCCCUCUAGUCAGGCUUCCGAGCUCCUUUUUCAGUUGCGACGGCCUUCAGCAACCUUCUGCCAGUUAAAAUGGAGCUCGUGGGGGCUGCCCAUGGGCCAUAUCUGGCCUGUGGGGCUAUCCUGGAAACAGUAAAGGACUGGCCUGCAGGCAGCCCUCAUGAGCUCCAUUUUCCCUAGCAGAGGGUUGUAAGAAGCCGUCGCAGCUGAAAACAGAGCUCGGGAGGGUCGUGGACAGCCCUCACAAGCUCCGUUUUUGCUAGCAGAGGGUUGUAGGAAGCCGUUGCAGCCUAAAACAGAGCUCGGGAGGGUCGUGGACAGCCCUCGUGAGCUCCAUUUUUGCUAGCAGAGGGUUGUAGGAGGCCAUCACAGCCAAGAAUAGAGCUCGGGAGGGUCAUGGACAGCCCUCGCGAGCUCCAUUUUUGCUAGCAGAGGGUUGUAGGAGGCCGUUGCAGCCAAAAACAGAGCUCGGGAGCCCGUUUUCACUGGCAGAGCGCUUGGGCCCCCACAGGCGCCCCCAACACAAGUGACGUUGAACUGGCCAUGGCCACCUUGCCCCCCCCCCCAGAUGUCAAAAACAACCCUGAUGCAACCCUCAAUGAAAUCGAGUUUGACACCCCUGCUCUAGUGCUAAACAGCUAGUAAACUAUUUUCUUUAAAGUCAAUUUAAUUAACUACUUCAUUUACUUCCAAUUAGGCAUUUAGGCCCAGAAAGUUUCUUAGUGCAAAGUAAAAAUACCAAACUAUUUUCUAGAGUGUCCAAAAUCAAUGGCUGUUUUGCUGAAAGUAGAGGCAUCUACCAAUGGGCAUUGUAUGUUCCUUGAUUAAGGUUAUGUAUGGAUAUUAUCAUGAUGUAGCAUAAAUGAGCAUUAUUAUUUUUUUCAGUUUAUGAAACUGAAUAACACUGCCUUGCCAACUGCAUUUAUUUUAUUCUCUUAGCACUAAAUUUUGCCCUCCUCUGCUAUAUAAACUGAAUUAAAACAGAUUUUUUUGCUGCAUUUCAUUAUAUUGUGCUACGUUUUAUGCUGUGUACUGCACUAUUUGUAAAAUCGUUGCUUAUUUUUUCUGGAUUUUUUUUUUUUAACUUCUAUAGUUGCACUGAAUCUGACUAUAUUAUUUUUCUUGUUCCCCAUCAUAUAAUUUUCUCAUUAAGUGGAAGCAUUCUGUAAAUUUUGCUGCUACAUAAAGUUUCUUUUUCUACCUA